AUGGAACUAAUAUUUGAAUUCAUAAAAUAUUUUCAAAAAAUGUCAACCUGCAUAAAAAUGUUUUUUAAGUUCAAUUUUAAGUUGGUCGACAUUUUUGAAAAUGUCGACUUGCAUAAAAAUGUAUUCUAAGUUUAAUUUUAAGUUGGUCGACAUUUUUCAUAAUAUGUUCUCACGAUCGUGCUCUGAU